CUACAACACGCACGGCCUCACCCCUCCCCCAGCGGGAUCAGCCUCAAACGCGACUUAUAAAAGAACAAGAGUUGACAAACGAACAGCCGUAUCGUCUCAGACUGAACUCGCAAUCAGGUGGCCUGGGGAUGACUCCACUUGCUCGAAAUAUUAAAACGUUAAAAUCAGGUGAACAUCACGUGUCUGAUAUUGCUAAUGUCUUGCCCAAGCCUCCUCCGUCAGCCUCGAUCCCGAGCAAAUGCAGGUAUGUGUUUCCCAACCUCCUGUUCAGGGCUUGAGAGUGUUUCCCGAUCGUUAAACCUACAGCCAUCACCAGCGCAACUGCGUUUAAACGAUACAUAAAAGCUGGGUUCUCCAGAAAAUAUGAAAAGUUUAACUGUGGCUGGAUUAGCUCAGUUUGUGGAGCGCUUGACGGCAGAGCGGUAAGUCGCGGGUUAAAUUCCCGGGACUGAACCAACACUCAGGGUCUUAAAAUGACUGAGAAAUGACGGUACUGCCUUUACCCUGCAAAUGGCUAGACCUUCGCGUGACUCGGUCGCGGUUCCGUCUCCCGUAGGAGACGUAAAAAUAGUGUCCCCAAUUAGUGCUUUCGUGCUAAAUUCAUUGACACCCAAAUAAAGUGCUUUCUUAAAAAGUAGAUAAUAUGGUCGGCAAUAGAGGAGAGUCGAGCGAAUUGCCUUUUAAACGGCGCAGCAGCUGCGUGUGGGGGCAGGUAUGGAAAAGGUCCCCCCCCCCUCACCUCCCUUAAGCCUUUUAACAGGCACAGCUGCGUAUGGAGGCAAGCAUGAAAAGGUUUCCUUUCCCCCUCCCCUCUCCUCCCCGCCCCCACCCCCGCCCAUGCCCCUCUGCAUUCAAGAAUUUGAAUUUUGGGGAUCCUGACCACGCGGCACCCACGUUCAGACUUUAUUUGCUUUGUCUCUUUUUAGUCGAUAUGUGUUAGUGGUGCAACCGGAUGUCAGACAGUCUCAGGUCGAGGCCACCACGUUGGAAGAAACUCUUUUAUUUCUGCGUUUUCCUAAGUCACGGGUACGACGACGUCACACCAGUGCGACUAUUCCCAGGACUGUCUCAAAUCGAAGCUUUCACGUAGAGACUAGUUUUGAAAUGUAACUGGAUAGCAGUCUGUCAGUAAAAAUGCAAUUCUUGUCAGGUAUUUCUAGAGAAUUUUAUAAUUGAUAUCUUAGUUACAAAUUGUGUUGGGACAGAAGUGAAGUGAAGGUAGGCGAAUGUAAAAACAAGUUCUAUGUAUAUACAUG